AUGAAGCUUUAUUGUUUAAGCAGUGACGCAUCGAAGCCAUGCUUUGUACUAUCGUUCAAAGAGCUCCUGAUAAUGUUGGACUGUGGGCUCUCUGCACACUCCGUGCUCAACUUUCUACCACUGCCACCAGUGCCAAGCACAAGACUUGCUUCUCUACCCAACUACACACCACCACAUGUCAAUGAUCCUUUGUUGGAAGGGGAAUUAAAAGAAUGUUGUGGCCGAGUGUUUGUGGACAGUAUACCAGAGUUUUGUCCCCCAUUAGACAAAGUUGUAGAUUUUUCCCAACUGGAUGUGAUCCUCAUCUCAAAUUACACCUGCAUGAUGGCUCUACCUUUUAUUACUGAGGAGACGGGCUUUAAGGGGCAGGUGUAUGCUACAGAGCCCACUUUGCAAAUUGGCAGGUUCUACCUGGAGGAGCUGUCGGAGUGGGUGUCGGGUAGCGGCAGGGGCGGCGCCGGCGCCAAGCGCUGGAAGGAGCUGCUGCACGUGCUGCCGCCGCCGCUGGCGCACGCCGCGCGCCCGCGCGCCUGGCGCCGCCUCUUCAGCCCCGCCGCACUGGCGCGCGCGCUCGCGCGCGUGCGCGUCGUGGGCUACGACGAGCGCGUCGACAUUUACGGCGCGCUCGACGCCACCGCCGUCAGCUCCGGCUUCUGCCUCGGCUCCGCCAACUGGGUGCUGCGCUCGGCGCACGAGAAGGUAGCCUACGUGAGCGGCUCCAGCACGCUCACCACGCACCCGCGCCCCAUCAACCAGGCCGCGCUGCGCGGCGCCGACCUGCUGGUGCUGGCCGCGCUCACGCAGACGCCGGCGCACAACCCCGACCACAUGCUGGGCGACCUGUGCGUGCACGCCACCGUCACGCUGCGCGCCGGCGGCUCGGCGCUGUGCCCCGUGUACCCCAGCGGCGUGCUGUACGACCUGCUGGAGUGCCUCAGCGCACACCUAGAGGGCGCCGGCCUGGCGCACGUACCGCUGUACGUGGUGUCGCCCGUGGCCGACAGCUCGCUGGCCUACAGCAACAUCUUGGCCGAGUGGGUGUCGGUGGGCAAGCAGGCGCGCGUGUACCUGCCCGAGGAGCCCUUCCCGCACGCCGCGCUCGUGCGCAGCGGCCGCCUGCGCCACGCGCGCUCGCUGCACGACGACGCCUUCAGCGCGGACUUCCGCCAGCCCUGCGUCGUGUUCUGCGGACACCCCAGCCUGCGCUUCGGCGCCGCCGUGCACCUCGUCGAGCUCUGGGCCAACAACCCGGCGCACGCUAUCAUCUUCACAGAGCCGGACUUUCCGUACCUCGAGGCGCUGGCGCCGUUCCAGCCGAUCAGCAUGAAGGCGUUCCACUGCCCCAUCGACACGUCGCUGAACUACUCGCAGGCCAACAAGCUGGUGCGCGAGCUGCGGCCGCGCGAGCUGGCGCUGCCGGAGCAGUACGCGGCGGGCGCGGGCGGGCGGCCGCACAUCAGCGCCGACGCGCCCACCGUGGUGGUGCGGCGCGGCGCCGCGCGCGCGCUGGCCGUGCGCCGCCGCGUCGCGCGCGCCUCGCUGUGUGGCGCCCUGGCCGCGCGCGCCGCGCCGCGCGAGCUGCGCGCCGGCCUGCGCGCCGCGCCGCUGUGCGCCGCGCUGCGCGUGCGCGACGCGCGCCUGGAGCUGGAGGCGCCGCCGGGGCUGCCGGGCGCAGCGGGCGGCGCGGGGGUGGAGGCCGGCGCGCGGCUGCACUGGAGCGCGCUGGACGUAGAGGCGCUGGUGCGCGCGCUGGCGCGGGAGGGCGUGGCGGAGGCGCGCGUGGAGGCGGGCGCGGACGGCUGCAUCGUGCACCUGCCGCGGCACGACACGCUGGUGCACGUGGAGCGCCACGCCACGCACGUGUUCUGCGAGGGCCGCGCCGACGUGCGCCAGGCGCUGCGCCGCGCGCUCGCCGCCUGCCUGCCGCACAUA